GGGGAAUUGAUUAACGGUCACAUCGUGCAACAUGGAUGAAGAGGACGACUUUUACGGCGGGAGUCUGGUUGAUUCCGAGUCAGACUUCGUGGAUGACUCUGGGUCGGACGAUGAAGAAGAAGAAGAAUCGGAAGCUGAAGACAUUGAAUUGCCUCAGGGUGUUCAAGCAGAGAUUGACACUGAUUUCAAGUCCAUCCAUUUCCUUUGACACAGUUUUGCGUAUCUGAGUGUGAGAUGCAGCCGACUAGUGAGCAACAUUCGCAUGACAGACGAUGUCUCAAACGCAGCGAUGCUCCAUCGAGAAUGGGACUUCAAUAUCGCCCAACAGGAUGCAGAAUUUCGUGAUGAUCUUCGCGAAGCUUCUGGGAUAGGGAAGAAAAAAGGCAGGAAGCGCGGCCGUCAACACGGUCCGGUACUCUCCCAUCAAGUGCGCGCUCUAAUAGGUGAAGGAAAUCAAGCAUAUGUCGAUGGAAACAUCCCAGAUGCAAUACGAAUUAUGCAGGAAGUCAUUCGCAUUGAGCCUCGAGCGUCAUCUGCGUGGUCUGUUAUUGCUCAAUGCUAUGAAGAUUCCAAUGAGCCAAAGAAGGCCCUUCAACUACGUAUCAUGGCUGCACAUCUUCGACCCGAUGCGGAUGAAUGGGAGAGACUAGCUGCACAAUCAAGAGAUUUAGGCUAUAAUCAACAAGCCCUAUAUUGCUACAGCAAAGUAUAUAGUCUUGACCCGACGAACGUCGAUGCACUUUGGGACCGUGCUUCCUUGGCAAAAGAAUUAAACGAUCUUCGUGCAGCUCGACACUCCCUUCUUGCAAUUCUGAAACAGUUCCCACACGACAUGACAGUUCUGGCAGAGCUCCGCCCAAUACUCAUUGAAGUAUCAGAUCUGGCCCUCUGCGCCACUCUCUAUCACGCUGCCCUGGAACACUAUCAGGUCAUUCAGCCUCUGGGUCCUGCACAGCCCGUCAACACCUCCUUGACUGACCACCCGCCACCAAACCAAAUAUUCGGUUUCAUUGACCUCUUGGUGCUCGCCGACCUGUAUAACACUAUGGCAGAAUACGAUCAUGCAAUCCAAACUAUAAGGAAAGGAUGCAGGUGGUUGCAAGGCCGUGCCAGCCAACGCUUCUGGGAUGGAUGUGUCGAUGACCGAGAGUACGAUUUACCCCGCGAGGAUCGAGGCAAUGUGAACAUAGAGCGAGGCGGCGAUGUUCAACCUGGUCACUAUCCUCUUGACGUCAACGCUCGACACCGACUUGCUAUCGCACGAAUUAAGCUAGGAGAAGUCGAGGAAGGCAAGAUGCAUGCGACUAUCGUCCUCGCGCAAGAUGUUCUCGAUUAUGCUGCUCUUUUUGGAGAGAUCGCAGACUCGUAUUUUGAGCGUGAGAUGUAUGCUGAUGCGAGGCCGAUAUAUGAAGUUCUCGGCGCGGACCCUGCAACUAGUAGCUUGUACGUACUGCUUCAGGUUGCUGUAUGUCGUAGGAUGCUCGGCGACCUGCAAGAGGCCUCGGAGGUCUAUAAACAAGUCAUCGAUGCAGAUCAAACCAACAACGAUGCGAAGAUGAAACUAGCAGAGCUCUACGAAAUCAUGGAUGAGCCUCGGAAGGCCCUGGAACUUGUUUACCAAGUCAUCGACUCUCGUAAACGACGCGCUAACCAGCCAGAAGCUACGCCCGCGCCCGAUACCGUUCCUCAACCCCAAGGCGCCUCCCUCUUCGAAGAAAAAUUACGCACCAAAGCAAAAACUCCAGUUCCCGGUAAAAGUCGGCUCACCUUACCCGAGCUCAAAGCGCUCGAAGAGCAACGCGAGCGAGAAGUGCUUUUGGGGUAUAAUCGCGUUGAAGAUCUGUGGUCGCGGAUGCUGCAUGCGGACGUGGAGGCGGAGAGGGAGUGGAUGAUUGAAGCUGAAAAACUUGUGGAGAUGUUUCGGGAGACGAGGAAUUUAUUUUUGACGACGAGGGACUAUGAUUUCAAGGGCAUGUUCCCGAAGAGAAAAAAUCAACGAAGGGACGAUACGGAGGAGGAUAGGAUGGCGUCAAGGCUCGAGCUUAAUGAACGCGACAAACAUACUCGCAGAAUCAAAGAUGACGGUCAAGCAUCUGAGAAGGUAGAUUCGUUCCGCGGUGUUACAUUUGCGAGCUGGCUGAGGAUUUUCAUGCAAUAUGCCUUCGUUCUUACCAAGCGAGGAGAUUACGAUCAAGCUGAAGAAGUCCUGCGCCAUGUCCUCUUAUCGAAUGCCUAUAGAGAUCCUAACUUACAGACCACGAUUCGAAUUGCGAUUACUACGUGUGCCAUCUUUGCUGGCAAGUUCUCUGUCGCAGUAGAACAAUGUCGCAAAGUCAUCAACACUCACCAAUUCAACAACGAGGCUUUCCGCCUUCUCCUAGUUUCGUUGGCCAGUGGACACCGCCCUACUGAUUCAUUCGUUUCUUCUACGUUGCAGAAACAUACACUUCGAGAACUCCGACUUCACGAUGCUGCUGUCAAGACUCCGGAGCUUAUGAAAUGGAAUGUUAUUGGGCGGAAAUAUAAUAUGUCGUCGUCAGGCAAGGAAGAACCAUUGAAGGCGAACGAAGUUGAGGAAGAAGGAGAUGAAGAAGCUGAGAUUGCUGGUCCAGCGGAAAGUCACACGACGGAGAGUACCACGACGGAGAAAACAGCAGUUCAGAUGCCUACGAAGAAUAAUCCAAUCAUCGUGACUCUUUAUGGUCAGAUGUCUCUCGCUGCCAAGAGCUAUCAGAGUGCCAUAUUCUAUUUGUUGCAUGCAUACGAUUAUUGCCCCGAAGACCCUGUCGUCUGCCUGUCGCUGGCCAUAGCUUCUCUUGGUAGAGCUAUGCAGCGGCAGUCUGACAAUCGACAUCACAUGAUAGCACAAGGAAUGGCCUUCUUGUCUCAAUAUCGUAAAAUCCGAAAAUCAUCCGGUGACGAAAUGCUUGCAGAGAUAGAUUACAACUUCGGUCGAGCGUUCCAUCAGCUUGGACUUCACACGCACGCUGUCUCGCAUUAUGAGCGUGUUCUUGAGAUUGCCGAGAAACGGGGAGGCGAGAAGUAUGCAUCCGUCGCAAAAGAGGCCGCGUAUAAUCUUUCUCUUAUCUAUGUGACCACUGGCGCUGUACCAUUGGCUGAUGCACUCUACAGACGAUGGUUAUCUAUAUAAUGCAAUACGGCUUCUAAUUCAUACUAGUCCCCUAUUAUGCGUCUCACUUGUGUUGAUUUCGUCUGAGACCAUCAUUUGUGUCACGACUAUCCU